UAAAACAGUUCGUACGGCAACAGGUAGAUUUAAUAGAUUUAAUAAAAUGCCCGUGGUGGACCAGAAUGAGCUUGUGCAGCUCCAAAAGCAACCCCAGCAGGUUCGCAACAUAUGCAUAUUGGCACACGUGGAUCAUGGCAAGACAACGCUGGCGGAUUCCCUCGUGGCCAGCAAUGGCAUCAUUUCACAACGCAUGGCUGGAAAGUUGCGCUAUAUGGACAGCCGACAGGAUGAGCAGGAACGUGGCAUAACGAUGAAGAGCAGCAGUAUUUCCCUGUACUAUCAGGAUGUAAAGAAUGCGGACUAUUUGAUAAAUCUGAUUGAUUCACCGGGACAUGUGGAUUUCUCCAGCGAGGUUUCGACUGCGGUGCGGCUGUGCGAUGGCGCCAUUGUUGUUGUCGAUGUGGUGGAGGGUGUGGGUCCCCAGACACGUGCCUGUCUCAAGCAAAUCUACGAGGAGCAGCUGAAACCGGUGCUGCUGCUCAACAAACUGGAUCGUCUGAUCUUGGAGAAGCAGAUGACGCCAUUGGACGCUUACUUUCAUUUGACGCAAGUGCUGGAGCAGGUCAAUGCUGUGCUGGGCAGCAUCUUUGCCUCGGAUGUGCUGGCCAAGGAGGAUAUUAGUGACAAGCAUAACUACGAAUCGGCGCUGGAACAAGUCGAUGAUUCCGAGUUGUAUUUCUCGCCAGCCACGGGCAAUGCUGUCUUUUGCUCCGCCUACGAUGGCUGGGCUUUUGCCGUGGCUGACUUUGCCAACACCUAUGCGGAGCGUUUGGAAAUGCCACGUGCUGAACUGGAAGCAGUUCUUUGGGGCGAUUACUACUACAAUAGCAAGAAGAAGUGUGCUGUCGCUGGAGCCCAGGAGAAGGCCAAGAAACCAAUGUUUGUGCAGUUUGUGCUGGAGAACAUCUGGAGCCUGUAUGAUAUUAUCGCAGUGCGCAAGGACAAGGAGAAGCUGCCGCUCAUAGCUGAAAAACUGGGCAUAAAACUGGCGGCGCGGGAUUUGCGUUUGACCGAUCCGAAGUUGCAAAUUAAAGCGGUGCUGGGUCAAUGGCUGCCCAUCGAUCGCAGUGUGCUUCAAAUGGUGGUGAGCCAUGUGCCGGCGCCGCACUGCAUCAGCGAGGAGCGAGCACAGCGACUGCUCUACCCGGCUAACAUGGAACUGAACUCAUUGCCACGUCAAACACUCGAGCUGAAGGAGAGUUUUAGGAGCUGUAAGGCGGAUAGUGAGAAUGUUAUUGCCUUUGUGUCCAAGAUGACGCCGGUGCAUGUCAGCCAGUUGCCACAGAAUCGACCCAAGCGAUUGACAGAUCAGGAGUUGCAGCAGCGACGGGAUGAGGUGCGUCGUCGCAUCGAGGAACGCAAGCAGCAAAGCGAACAGGCAACGCUAGAGCAGAUCACCGAUGGUGUGGAGCAGCUGAGCACAACGGGAGCAACUGCAGCUGCUGGAGCAGAGCCUGAACCCCUUCCGGAGACGGAGCGCAAUGAGUUCGAGUUUAUUGCCUUUGCACGCGUCUUUAGCGGCACAUUGCGUCGUGGCAUGCAACUGUAUAAUCUGACGCCCAAGCAUGAUCCUCGCCAGCCAACGCAUCGUGAUCCUGAACAGGCGCCCUAUGCCAGCCGAGUGACGGUGGGGGAUCUGUACAUGUUCAUGGGCGGUGAACUGCAGCUGCUGGAGGAAGUGCCAGCGGGCAAUAUUGUUGGCAUCGGUGGCCUCGAGUCGCACGUCGUGAAGACGGCAACGCUGAGCAGCAGCUUGGACUGCACCUCGUUCAGUGAACUGAGCAUUAUGGCCACGCCCAUCUUGAGGGUGGCCAUUGAGCCAGUGCAGCCACAGGAUAUGCCCAAGUUGGUCAAGGGACUCAAGCUGCUCAAUCAGGCAGAUGCCUGUGUCCAGGUUUCCGUUGCGCCCACGGGUGAGCAUGUGAUCACCACUUUGGGUGAGGUGCAUGUAGAGAAGUGUGUUCAUGAUUUGGAGCAGAGUUACGCCAAGAUCAAGGUGAACGUGUCCAAGCCAAUUGUCUCGUUCCGGGAGACCAUUGUACCCGAUGCCACCGUGGAUAUGGUCAACGAGGCGAUAGUCAAGACAGCCGACGACAAAGACGUGACCAAGAAGAUUGCCACCCAGCAAACACUCAACAAACUGGGCACACUGCGUGUGAUUGCUUUACCCCUGCCAGCGGCAGUUGUCCAUCUGCUGGAACAGCAUGCGAAUCUGUUCAAGGAGCUGUCUGCUUCAGCACGCAACACGCUGCUCUCGGAGAAGUUCACUGCGCUCCUGACUACCAUUAAGGCUCAACUGACUGCAGCUCUGGCGGAGCUGCAGCUGCAUGGCUUGAGCUCACUUUCGCCCCCAGAAUUGGUGGAACGCAUUUGGGCGCUGGGUCCACGCAACUGUGGCACGAAUAUGCUGCUGAAUCUCAGCGACUAUGAGCAGCCCGACUUUUGGCAGUCCAAGUGCAGCUCCGAGACGGAUGUGCGGCUCACAGCGGAUGCACGCAGAGAUUUCAAUAGCUCCCUGGUGAAUGGCUUCCAGCUGACAACGGGCGCAGGUCCGCUCUGCGAGGAGCCCAUGCAGGGCGUUUGCUUUGCCGUGCUCGAAUGGUCUGUCCAGGCCGAGGGCGAGGAUUUAAAUGCACGUGGCUGUGGUCCGUUCUCGGGUCAAGUUUUAACGGCUGCAAAGGAGGUUUGUCGUCAGGCUUUUCAGAAUCAACCACAGCGACUGGUUACGCCCAUGUACAGCUGCAACAUUGUCGUCAAUGCGGAAAUGCUGGGUAAAAUGUAUGCGGUAAUUGGAAGACGUCAUGGCAAAAUCCUAUCGGGCGACCUAACCCAGGGCAGUGGUAACUUUGCGGUGACCUGCCUGCUGCCCGUCAUCGAAUCGUUCAACUUUGCGCAGGAGAUGCGCAAACAGACAUCUGGCCUCGCCUGUCCCCAGCUAAUGUUCAGCCACUGGGAGGUGAUUGAUAUUGAUCCCUUCUGGCUGCCCACAACCGAGGAGGAACUGAUGCACUUUGGCGAGAAAGCCGAUUCGGCAAAUCGCGCCAAAGUCUACAUGGACAGCGUGCGACGACGCAAAGGACUCUUCGUCGAUGAGCAGGUGGUGGAGCAUGCCGAGAAACAGCGCACACUCUCCAAGAACAAGUGAACUCAAAGAAGCUACAACAGCAACUUAGGCUGAAAUGAUGUCAGGCUGCAUUUGUUGUUAUCCAGUUGUUUGCUACACAAGCUGCGGUUGCUGUUGCGUGUCUCAGAACUCUGUCAAUAUCUUUCUGGCACAAAUCAUUUAUUAAUUAAAAAUGUCUCCAUAUUUUUUUUUGCGGAUUUCAAACUAAAUUGUUUAUUAUAUCAAGUCGAAUAAAUUAUAUCACUGCAUAUUUUUGCGGUCAGUUUGAUUCUUA